AUGCAUGGGAUAUUUCUUGUCGGCGGUGAGAAGGAUUUAAUUUUUAAUCAUAUUGUUCGAGAAGAACCGUUAAUCGUCGAUGAAACGUCUGGGGUCGUUUUAAUAAAGAUCGGAAAAUAUUUUGAAGUUGAUGAUAUGUUUGCUAUUGCAAUGUCUGUUCCAAUAACCGAACACAUGUGUCCGUUAAUAUCUAUGGAACUGUCAAACAAAAUAGUAAUGUGUCAAAAACAUCACGCCAGACUUCUGGAACUUUCUCAGUCCCAUCAUCAACAUGGAACAUUAUCUUCUGAUAACUGGAGUGAAGCCGAAACGCAUAAUAGAUCAAAACGAUUACUAUCUCUUAUAUUGGGUUUCGUUGGUGUUAUCGAAGCAAUGGUUGGCGGUGGCAUCGGUGUUUACAACUCUGUUACAAAUCAGAAAUUGUCGGAUCGGAUGGAUCAGUUACAGAACACGAUGUUAGACUUUUCACAGAAGUUUGCCACCGUUCAAGGUUCACUGUAUGAUGUCACUCAGACGACAGUUCAACUAGCAAAAAAAUUCGAACAGAGUGAAUUUAAUAGUCAACAACUGGAAAAAACUGUUACAGGCGUUCUGUCUGCGGUCAAAAAUCUGCAACACGUUAAUGACGAGCAAAUUCGUGACAAUAUUAAUAAAAAAAUCGAACGAUGUUACGAAAGACUAAAAUCAUCCAUGAAUCGCAUUACAAAGAAUGAUCUUAAUUUUGCUUUUUUGACGAUGUCUGAGCAAAAUGAAUUAAAUGGCCGACAAAGAAGUAUCAUCUUGAGAAUGACAACGUUGGGAUUGUAG